AUGAUGAUGACUUUGGUUCUGGAGAGAUUUCGUGAUGCUGUUGCUUUUCUGGUCAGGAGGACUGAGGAGGUUUGGGGGUUGAUGAUGAUGAUGGUGGGAAUGAUGGUUCUUGUCGUAGUAGCAGUAGGGGUAGGGGUGUGGGUUGUGAGUGCUAGUGCUGAAAGGGGUGAGUGGCAGUGGUGGUCGUGGUGGUGGAUGAAGAGGGCAGGGGAACGUGGUGAAGAUAUUGGUCAGCGAAAUUAUGGUGGAGAUUUUGAUGAUAAGGAGGCGGAUGGAGACGAGGAGAAGGAGGAGGAAGAAAAAGAAAAAGAAGGCGAGAGCGAGGAAAAUGGGAAUCAACAUGAUCUGGGCAAGACAAGGAGUAGUAAUAGUAGUACUGAUGAUGAUGAUGGAGAGGAGGAGAUUUGGACGACGGCGAUUCGAUUUUUCGCUGCUGCUUCCUCUUCAUCUUCUUCCUCAUCUUCUUCUCUAUCUUCGUGGAAACGCUGA